UGAUUUAACACAAAGGGCAACUGUGUUUUCACAAUAGGCUAGGUUGGUUCUAAAAAUGUUGUUUACUCGGGUGUUCUUGGUAAUGGAAGCUAAUUGUUAACCUGAUUUAAGUGAGACAAAAAAUAUCAAAAAAAUUGUAAGGGAAUACAUAAAUUUUCACUGGGCUGUUAAUUGCUUUUUGUUCUUAGUGGGGAAAAAUGACCUUUUCAAAUAGCAACCAAUGAAUUGAUCGGAUCUGCGUGCACUUCUUGGACUUGGGGAUAUAAAUAGCUUGAAAUUUUACUUUCACCUUUGUUUAUUGAUUUUACUAGUCUCUUUGUCAGAAUCUAGAUUUAUCCUGUAAAACUUUUUAAACAAGUCGCCCUGUAGGGUCGUCAGUGCAGUUUGUGCUCAAAGGUAUGAGUUAGUUGAACAUGCACGGGCGCGUGAAAGGUAAGGUCACACAUUAAACAUUUCUCCCCACUUCAAAGGGGAUGCCUGGGCUCGUGACGUCAGCGCGCGCUCGUGCGGAUGGCAGGACAGUCCUGGCAGCAGAGGAGCAGCAGAAGAUGAAGAGGACAUGAACUGAGCUGAMGUCGCUCCGGACGGACAGCUUCUUAUCUUGUAGACGGCGUCAUGCUGUAUCUUUCGCGCCCCCUACUGGCCGCCUGCCUGUACCUGCUGCUGCCCUGGGGCCAGGGCAGGACCUUCGGCUACAACAACGGGUUUCACUACCAGGACAUCAGCAACGGGGAUGGAAACGGAGAGAUUUAUUUCAGUGGGAUUCGCCUUCUUGUGGAAUCGCCCCAGCAUUUGGUGUCGGCCACCAGGGGGAGCAGCGUCACCCUUCCCUGUCACUACCGCUAUGAACCCGAACUGACCGCGCCGCGCAGGACCCGGGUCAAAUGGUCCAGGUUACCCGCCAACUCCAUCACCACGAACGAAGCCUUCGCCUUGGAAACUGAAGUUAUGGUCGCCAUGGGCAACCGCCAUCGCAGCUACGGCAGCUUCAAAGGCCGAGUGCGCCUGCGUCGCUCGGCUCCAGGGGACAUGUCUCUGGUGAUAAAUGAGCUGCAGCUGAACGACACCGGGCGGUACCGCUGCGAAGUGAUCGAUGGCCUGGAGGAUGAAAGCGUAACGGUGGAGCUGGAGCUGAGGGGUGUUGUGUUCCCCUAUCACUCUCAGAAAGGACGCUACCAUCUGAACUUCUUUGGUGCCCAGCAAGCAUGCCUGGAUCAAGACGCCACUCUGGCUACAUUUGAGCAGCUGCUCUCGGCCUGGGAGGACGGGCUGGACUGGUGCAACGCCGGCUGGCUGGCCGACGGCACUGUGCAGUACCCCAUCACCGCCCCACGGCACGGCUGCGGAGGUGAAAGUUCAGCUCCCGGACUCCGUAGCUACGGACCAAAAAACCGCCUCUUCCACCGAUUUGAUGCUUUCUGCUUCUCGGCUUCCAUGAAGGGGAUCAUUUACCACUUAAACCACCCAAGACGGAUGAACUUCACAGAAGCAGGCCACGCUUGUGCCAGAGACGGGGGCCGGGUUGCCAAAGURGGCCAGCUGUACGCCGCAUGGAAGCUGAAGGGACUGGAUCGCUGCGACGCAGGCUGGUUGGCCGAYGGGAGCGUGCGUUAUCCYAUCACAAACGCCAGGGCUAACUGUGGCACGUCACAGCCAGGGGUGCGUAGCUUUGGGUUCCCGGCUCCACACAUGAAAUUCGGCGUGUACUGCUACCGAUAGAUGACUUACGACAAACCUGGAUCCAAAUAGGCAAGAAGACGGUUCCUGUAUCUUUGUUUUUUAGAACGGACAAUGCGACCUUUAAAAGAUUUUUAUUUCAAUGACUGGUGAAACGUCUCUGGGACAAAGCAGAAAAUCAUCCAACCCCCCCCAAAAAACUAGAAAUGUUUACAUCUUCUAUGUGGAAAAUUUCCACCACAGCUUUUGGAGCAGCACCACAAAUACUUUCUUUUAUCGUUCACAUUAACACCAGUCAGCAGCAGCUGCUUGGUAGGAUAUUAGUACAGUUUUACCUUUCGUMUGCAGAUUUCUACACUGUGAUUGUUCGGUACUAGAUGGGCGCUGUCUUUUAAAGAAUUGCUUUAGCAUAUGUCUGUGKUGAAGCUGUUAAUGAACGAUGCUCUACGAAUGACAAAGCCACUCUGUUCUUGUAAUAUAGAAAAUUACCUUGUAAAAGAAGAAUCCGAGUUCUUGUCAAACGCAUGCCCUUUUUUUGUAUUGUCUAUGCAUUUGUGAUAUUUUCUAUGAAUAAAAACUCUUCUGUAAAUA